AGAAAAACAGUGAAAUUAUCUGUGAGCGUGUGUUCCAUUCCAUCCUCUCCACCUUCCUGUUUGGUUUGGUUUGGUUUUGUUUGCCCUUUGCAGUGCUGCACUACACAACAACUUUUCUUUUCCUUUCCUUUGGAUUUUUGGAUUUGGAUUUGGAUUGGGAGGCAAAGGCAAGAACUUGCGAAGAGACGGCGGGGAAAAUGGAGACAAGUAGCCGUUGUUUCGUGAGGUUGAACAGCGCUGUUGCUGUCGUCCCCCGCCGCCACUUCAGUUUCCGCUCAACAGGAAGCAGCAGAAGCUGCGUCCUCCUCCGCCGCAUCCCCUUUUUGGCUCACUUCAGCUUCAACUUCAACCACAAGUUUUACCCUUCCCUGAUCCUCUGCUCCUCCUCGUCCCUCUCUGAACCAGAGAAGGGGAAUGAUGUGUCUCUGCUGCCGAAUGGGCCCGGGGAGGAGGCGGUGACUGUGAGACUGAGAGAGCUCCCACGAGUACCCAACCGCUUUCUUCAGGUUGUUCUAGUCUCUCCUCAGAUUCCUGGAAACACAGGGUGCAUUGCAAGAACAUGUGCAGCAUCAGCCGUUGGGCUUCACCUUGUUGGGCCACUAGGUUUUCAGGUGGAUGAUUCGAAACUUAAGCGCGCAGGACUUGAUUACUGGCCAUAUGUUGUGGUUAAAGUUCAUAACUCCUGGGCAGAGUUUCGAGAAUAUUUCAGGAAGCAGGAGGGUGAAAAGAGAUUGCUGGCAUUCACAAAGAGGGGAACACAAGUACACUCCGUGAGUUGCUCACUUUUCCUAUGGAAUUUUCGUAUAGGAAAGGAGAUUGGCUUGUAUUCGGUUCGGAAACUGCUGGACUGCCGCCAGAAGCUCUCCUCGACUGCAAGAGUGAAGCAUAUGGUGGAGGCACACUUCGGAUUCCAAUGGUGGAAACUUAUGUUAGAUGUCUAAACCUGUCUGUUAGUGUAGGGAUUGCCUUAUACGAAGCCUGCAGACAACUUAACUACGAGCAGCUACAGUUUCAGUCGGAGAAAUGCAUCGACAAUGAGCCUUCGUUAAUCUUCAGCGAAGACAUAUUCGCCUAAGAAUAUGAGUGCAGCGUCGCAUGUUUCGUGAGCUAUUGGUUGUGCUCCAGUUUCAAGGCAGUCAACACCAUGGGAAGCCUCCUUUAAUUUAAUUAAUUAAUUGUUGAACACAAUGGUGAAUUUCUCUCCUCAAUAUUAUUGGCUUAGAUGGGUGGUUGGACUGAAUCGCUGGGAAAUCUUGCUGGUGGGACACGCACACUUGUAGUAAUUGGCAGGCAGCUGGAAGGGGAUGGGACUCUCUUAUAUAUGUAUGGGUGGCUUAGCAUAUCGAUCUAUAUAUAUAUACACACAACUAUAUAAAUAUAUAAUCAGAGGAUGAGCUAGCUUCCUUGUGAAUCAGCACGAGAACCGUCUGAUAAAACAUACUUUUUCAAUGU